CACGGCCUAAUAAAAGAGUGUGAAGGAAAAACUGAGGCGGUGGCAACACAAAACUCUCUGCAGAGAGGAAGUGGAGAGAAAGAAGAACACGAAAUCUAAACUUCAUUAACAAGAAACCUGAACCUCUGAAGCUCUCUAAUGGCGGAAGCAGAAGUACAAAGGAAGCAGAUAGUACAAAGGAAGCAUAUAGAAUCAAAUGGUUCAUCAUUUAUCGAUGCGAUAAACUUAAAGAAUGCCAUGAUGACCAAGAAUAAACCAGGUGAAGGUCUUAGACAAUAUUACCUUCAACAUAUUCACGAUCUUCAGCUUCAAGUUCGACAGAAGUCUCAUAAUUUGAAUCGUCUUGAAGCUCAGCGUAAUGAUCUCAAUUCUAGAGUGAGGAUGCUCAAAGAAGAGUUGCAGUUGCUUCAGGAGCCUGGAUCUUAUGUUGGAGAGGUGGUGAAAGUUAUGGGGAAAUCGAAGGUGUUAGUUAAGGUUCACCCAGAAGGGAAGUAUGUUGUCGACAUUGAUAAAAGCAUUGACAUCACAAAAAUUACCCCCACAACAAGAGUUGCUCUUCGUAAUGAUAGCUAUGUACUCCACUUGGUUUUGCCCAGUAAAGUAGAUCCUCUUGUCAACCUCAUGAAAGUUGAAAAAGUUCCAGACUCUACAUAUGACAUGAUUGGUGGUCUUGAUCAGCAAAUUAAGGAGAUCAAAGAGGUCAUUGAGCUGCCAAUUAAGCAUCCUGAGCUUUUUGAGAGUCUUGGAAUUGCUCAACCAAAGGGAGUCCUGCUUUACGGUCCACCUGGAACAGGGAAAACACUUCUCGCAAGGGCAGUGGCUCAUCAUACCGACUGUACCUUUAUUAGGGUUUCUGGUUCCGAGCUGGUUCAGAAAUACAUUGGAGAAGGAUCUAGAAUGGUCAGAGAGCUUUUCGUUAUGGCUAGGGAACAUGCGCCUUCAAUCAUUUUCAUGGACGAAAUUGACAGUAUUGGAUCAGCCCGUAUGGAAUCUGGAACUGGUAAUGGUGAUAGUGAAGUGCAGAGGACCAUGCUUGAGCUUCUUAAUCAGUUGGAUGGAUUUGAAGCAUCAAACAAGAUCAAGGUUCUGAUGGCUACAAAUAGGAUUGAUAUUCUGGAUCCAGCACUCCUAAGGCCUGGACGUAUUGACAGGAAAAUUGAGUUUCCAAAUCCGAACGAGGAGUCUCGAUGGGAUAUUUUGAAAAUCCACUCAAGGAGAAUGAACCUGAUGCGUGGAAUUGAUCUGAAGAAGAUAGCAGAGAAGAUGGGUGGGGCAUCUGGCGCUGAGCUGAAGGCUGUGUGCACAGAAGCAGGAAUGUUUGCUCUAAGGGAGAGGAGAGUGCACGUAACACAGGAAGAUUUCGAGAUGGCAGUGGCGAAGGUAAUGAAGAAAGAGACAGAUAAGAACAUGUCCCUGCGGAAGUUAUGGAAGUAGACCUUUUUUUAUGCUCCCUGAACACGAACUCUCCCCUGUGUUUUUCUUUAUUGUAUUUCUUUCCAGUGGGAUUAAGAAAUACAGAACCGGGUGUCUUUUCUUAAUCAGACUCAUUUGUAUCUGAUUGAUUCUCUCUCAACUCAGUCUGAAUUUGUUCCAAUGUUUAACUUUAAGAUCUAUGUAUUUUAUCCGUCCACUCUUACUAGCAAUCACUGUUAACUGGUCAGAAGCUGAGUUUGGGGAGAAUGUUACACGCUAAAACUAAAAGAAGAUGAGAAAGAAGUAUUUAUGCUAUUGUACUACUGCA